AUGGGUUGCAUGGAAAAGGAACUGGGCCAGCAACUAGGAACUGGAAUUGACUGGAAUAGUGGGCAGACUGGAAUGGAUUGCAUGGAAGAGAACUGGGCCAGUAACUGGGAACUGGAAUCUACUGGAAUAGUGGGGGAGGAGGCGCCUGCAUUGAAAAGGAAUCAAGGCCAGCAUGCAGGCGUUCCAGCAGGAGUUCCAGGGGGGAGGAGGAAGGGAGGAGGAGGAGGAGGAGGAGGAGAAGGAAUUGUUAGCAUGGAACGAAGGAGGGAGGGGGAGUUGGGGAUGGGGGAGAGAGAUGCCAAGAAGAAGGAGAGUCAUGAAGAGAGAGGGGGUAGGGGAUGGCUCAAGAAUGACAAUAAUUUUCGUCACACUGCUCCUCCUCCUCCUCCACCUCCUCCUCCUCCUCCUCCUCCUCCUCCUCCUCCUAAUACCCCUCACACCUCCCAGGCCUUGAGAGGAGCGACACCUUCGAUAUCACCAUAUGUGCCAGACACAGCCUCUUCUGUGUCCUUUACUGUCCUUUAUCCUUCUCGAGGACCUUCUUCCCGCACCGAAGAGGGGGGAGGGGGGGAGGGGGGGGAGGACGACUUCCAAAGGGCUGUGCGCCAAAAACCAGAGAAUAAGAAUGAGACAGAUCCAUCACUUUUGAUAAACCAGCAGCUGAAGCAGCGAGGAGACGAGGGAUAA